AUGGCCACCCCAGCUGUGUUGACUCCGGUCAAGAGCCGCUCCUCAGUCUUCUCUUCCCGCACCGCCGGCGGUCGGAUGCCAUUGACGCCUUCUCCCCGCACCCCACGAGCUCAGACUCCUGAUGUGCAGGCACACGAGUCGAUUCAUGGCGGCAACUUCAUGUCCCGCAUCCAGCGUUCAGUGUCCAAGACGACACGUGAUUCACCAAAGUCAAACAUCGCCCGCAACUACACACCACGUCGCCUUGAGCUCGGUGUAUCGGAAUGGUCGCUGACAGGAUCGGGAUCUACCACCGCAUCAAAAACGCCAGUCAAGGCGAAGAAAGAGAAGAAAGAGAAGAAAGAUAAGAAAGACACCACUGUUCGUAGCCGCCCCACCAAGACUCGCAUUGCAUACAACGCUGCCGACCGCUUCAUUCCCAACCGGACUGCAAGCGAGGCAAUCUGCAAUGUCGGUACAGGCAAGAUCGAUCUCGAGCAGCGCCCCAAGUCAUCCAAGAGCGAGGGUUCGAAAGUUCUGGCCACCGCUGCCAGCGCUUUUGAUCUUGGCGGCCGUGGAUCAGAGGAGGAUGUCACACUUUCACUCGAGGGUCUCAGCCUGGAGGAUGAAGAGGAGGAGAGCCGUCCCCGUUCAAAGCCCGCGCCUGGCGCAGCAGCAUACCAGUCCACUCUUGCUUCAGCAUGUGGCAUCAACACAAACACCCGCAUCCUUGCGUUCAAGCCUGCGCCUCCAGAGUCGUCCAAGCCUAUCGACCUCCGCUCCCAGUACAACCGUCCUCUCAAGCCUGCAAGCAGCGUCAACGCUCAGUCUCGCCGUCGCAUUCCUUCUGCCCCUGAACGCGUCCUGGAUGCUCCUGGUCUUGUCGAUGACUACUAUCUCAACCUCCUUGACUGGUCUUCUGGCAACCAAGUCGCCAUCGGUCUUGAGCGUUCCGUCUAUGUAUGGUCUGCUGACAGCGGCUCUGUCUCUUCUCUCCUUGAAUGCCCUGCAGAUACCUACAUUUCCUCUGUGAAGUGGUCUGGUGAUGGCGCCUACGUUGGUGUUGGUCUUGGCACGGGCGAGGUCCAGAUCUGGGAUGUGGAGGAGCAGACCAAGCUCCGCAGCAUGUUCGGUCACGAGACCCGUGUCGGUGUCAUGGGCUGGAACAAGCACAUCCUCUCGACCGGUGCACGCUCUGGUCUCGUUUACAACCACGAUGUCCGCGUCGCUCAACACAAGAUUGCCGAGCUCGUUUCGCACACUGGUGAGGUCUGUGGUCUUGAGUGGCGCGCCGAUGGUGCCCAACUCGCGACCGGUGCCAAUGACAACAUGGUCAACAUCUGGGAUGCUCGCGCCCUUGCUGCUCCCAAGUUCACCAAGACCAACCACCGCGCCGCUGUCAAGGCUGUCUCAUGGUGCCCUUGGCAAUCAAACCUCCUUGCGACUGGCGGUGGUUCCAAUGAUCGUCAAAUCUACUUCUGGAACACCACCACUGGUGCCCGCAUCAACCACAUCCCCACCGACUCCCAGGUCACCAGCCUGCGAUGGAGCACACACUACAAGGAAAUUGUCAGCACUGGCGGUUUCCCAGACAACAGCUUGAGCAUUUGGAGCUACCCAACUGGCGUCAAGAACAUGGAGAUCCCCGCACACGAGUCUCGUGUUCUUCACAGCUGCCUCAGCCCCGAUGGCCAGAUGCUCGCUACCGCCGCUGCUGAUGAGUCACUCAAGUUCUGGAAGGUCUUUGAGAAGAAGGCGGGCCAGCCAUCUAUUGCCGCUGCUGGGUCUGCUUCUAUGAAGACCAGCGCCGUCAAACAGAUGACCAUCCGCUGA